AUGUCAGCAGAGGGAAUUAGGGUGGAUCCUCAGAAAAUUGAAGUUGUAGUGGAUUGGAAGCCACCGAAGAUAGUAUCUGAGAUUCAAAGCUUUCUGGGUCUAGCUGGGUAUUACAGACAUUUUGUUGAAGGAUUUUCAUUGAUUGUUGCAGCUCUGACUAAGUUACUACGUAGAGGGGUACCGUUUAAUUGGACUGAUAAGCAGCAAGAGAGUUUUGAGAAACUGGAUGAUGUUUUGACUAAGGCCCCUGUUUUGAUACAGCUAGAAUUUAGGAAGGAAUUUACUGUGUACAGUGAUGCGUCGCACAUUGGCUUGGGUUGUGUGUUGAUGUGUUGUACUCCUACCUGUUGGACUGAGCUGGAUGAGCAGCGCGUUCUGGGGCAAAAAUUAAUUUCUGAUACAGAAGAUAAGGUGAAACUGAUUCGAGACCAGUUAAAGGAAGCAUCUGAUAAGCAGAAGUCUUAUGCAGACUUGAAGCGUAAAGAGAUCGAGUGCGCUGUGGGGGACUAUGUCUUUCUCAAGGUCUCACCAUGGAAGAAAUUUUGA